AUGAUAUACAUAUUUAUUCUGACAGUUCUUCAAACUCUCACACGACCUGAUCAAGACAAUGCUUUAAGAGUAUAUAUUAGAGAAAUAUACAAAGAAUUGAGAGAAGAUCAAAAUAUUGUGUUUAAUUGUUUGAAGGGACGCGUUGGACAUUUUGGAAAUGAGAGGGCGGACGCACUGGCCAAGGAGGCAAUUACCGAUGUUAAUGCUCGUAACAUUAAUGUACAGGGAUCAACACGGAAAGCUGUGACUAUUAUGAAAAAUUAUAUUUAUGAUAAAUGGAGGGAGGAUUGGAAAAGGUCUGAUCGAAAUAAAGCUGGCGAAGCUAUAGAUACUCCAGAUUUUCAGUGCCACAAAUUGUAUGAAUACGAUGCUUCAACAAAAGGAACAGUUUCCAGUCCAUUCUAUGGGAAAAUGGAGUUUCCCGAAGUACAGUAUACUUCUAAGGAUUGCCUGAGUGUCAAUAUUAAGGCUGAAGAUCGUACUAUAAAAGAAACGACUCAUGUUCCAUAUAAUUUUAAAACCGGAUUAUCAGCAUGUCGAUGCAGUGAUAAGAGGGAAUACGAAAAGCAUUUUGUUUAUUAUUUAGUUACAAAAAUCAAGUUGACUUUCAAAGAUUUUGAUCUCGAUCCAUCCAGCGGUUGCGUGCAAGACCGAUUGGUGGUAUACGGCAAAGACAAACAGAUCGUUCUAGGUAUACUUUGCGGUUCACAACUACCCCGUCCCUACCUUUCUAAUAAAGGAGAGAAUGAAAUACGACUUCUUUUUCAAACUGACUACAUGAGGGGAGGAAGAGGUUUUCUCAUAGAGUACGAAAGCUCGCCUUUCCUCGAGCUUUGCGAUUUUUUCUACACUCCAUGCAAAAACCGUAACUGUUACGACGAAAUGAAGAAAUGUGACGGAAUAGAUGACUGUGGAGAUGGAACCGAUGAAGAAGACUGUGGUAUGCCUAUCAUCAAUUUUCCAACGGAUUGCGGAGAAGCACCUAUCGCACCGAAAACCAUCCCCUCCACGGAUCGUCUCGUCGGGGGUGAACCAGCUGUCCCCAACAGUUGGCCAUGGCAGGUCUCUCUUCAGUAUGCAUUUAGUGACCCCAACGGUCAUUUUUGUGGUGGCACACUCAUAAAUGCUCAGUGGGUUUUAACAGCAAGUCAUUGUGUCGUAGGAGGUCCUUAUCCCGGAAUGAUAAAAAUUCAUUUAGGAGCCCACGGCAAGUAUAACAAGACCCGCUAUGAGCAAGUGAGAAUAUCCAAGAAAAUAAUUUCAUAUCCUGAUCUCGAGCUUGACAACGUAAGUAUAUUUAGAGAAAAUAUAUGUGAGCAUCAUAUUAUCGUUUAAACAUGUACAUAUAUGUACUUCUGACUAAAUAAUUUUAAAAUCUGAAACCGUUUGGUAAGGAAAGGUAUUUUUAAAGAAUUCAGAUUAAC